AUGACGGCCCUUUACAAGUCCUACGGCUUUGGCACGACAUCUCAGGCCUGGAAGCCCUCCAGCUGGAAGGCCAGCAGAGAUAUUAGUCAGCACCGCGGUAUCCACCUUGAGAUGAGUGACCUCCAUAAAUCAUUUGCCAAGUCAAAAUUGGCCAAAUUCCCACCCGAAGCACCAAUGCCUGAGUCUAUGAGCUAUUCAGAUGAUGCCUGGGAGAAUGGCUCCUCGAAUUCAUCGGUGUCGUCGACCGGGACGAUGGUCCCGUCACCUACGCGACAGCUAUUCGCCCGAACGGGCCGACGACAAUCAUCUCAAACUUCUUUGUUAUGGACAGACUUCUUUGACCAGGAGCUCUUUCUUCCAGAAGAAGUGAAUAAUCUCCAUAUUGUGCACCAUGCCUAUUUGACACCGCCGACUGAGUCAGGUCCGCUUUUUGUCAUGCACCAUGGGGCCGGUUCAUCCGGACUUUCUUUCGCGACUUGCGCAGAAGAGAUCCGGAAGAUCCUCCCAAAAGCGGGGAUCUUGUCCCUGGAUGCUCGGAGCCAUGGCCGCACUGUCAUGACCACAUUGGACAGUAAGACCGACGACGAAGCUCCUUCGACAGCAGUGGCAGCCGAGUCUGAGUCAUCAGGGGAGAUUGAGCUCGACCUCAGUCUUGAGACUCUAAGCCGGGAUCUAGUCCAUGUGAUCUACCAGACACAAACCAGGAUGAGCUGGGAGAAGCUCCCUGAUAUAAUUCUGGUUGGGCACAGUCUAGGCGGUGCGGUAAUUACAGAUGUUGCAAAGAAAGGAGAGCUGGGUCCGAAGCUGUUGGCAUACGCGGUGCUCGACGUAGUUGAAGGGUCUGCAAUGGAUGCUCUCCAGAGCAUGGAGAAAUAUUUAUCAACUCGUCCAACCCGAUUUCCCUCCUUGCUAUCUGGAAUUGAAUGGCAUACUCGUUCGCGCACAAUCCGGAACACGACCUCCGCUCGUGCCUCUGUUCCAUCACUCCUAUAUGAAGAAAGCGAGCCUAGUGACCCUUCCCGUCCUUGGGUGUGGCGCACCAGCCUCUCUGCAACGAAACCUUUCUGGGAAAACUGGUUUGUUGGCUUAAGUAGAAAGUUUCUCGACGCACGAGGUGGCAAGUUGCUACUACUUGCUGGGACUGAUAGAUUGGAUAAAGAGUUGAUGAUCGGGCAGAUGCAAGGAAAAUAUCAACUCCAGGUCUUCCCUGAAGCGGGUCAUUUCGUCCACGAGGACCAGCCUGCGAAGACAGCGCAAAUUCUGGCGGACUUUUACCGACGAAACGACCGGAGCGCAUUGGUGCUCCCGCCUAAGGUGGCGGAUAUGCAAGCAUCAGCGGCGAUGAAGAAGGGAACAGGUGCCCCUGGUGGCCCAACGGGACACCUGAAAUAG